AUGAUCAUUAUUCACCAUCUCAAUAACUCUCGUUCGCAAAGGAUUCUCUGGCUGUUGGAGGAACUCGGAGUACCCUACGAAAUCAAGAAAUAUCAGAGAACUUCUGAGCAGCUCGCUCCUCCUGAAUUGCUCAAAGUGUUUCCACUCGGGAAGUCUCCCAUCCUUACUGACACUGGAGUCGAUGGAAAGGAGAAUAUUACACUGGCAGAAAGUGGGGCUAUCGUCGAAUACCUCUUGAAGUUCUAUUCUACCGGAAAAUUCAACUCUGCACAAUCCGGCCAAGAAUAUAUCGACAAUCUCUAUUUCACCCAUUACGCCGAGGGGUCUAUCAUGCCUGUCCUUAUUCAAAAGUUAAUAUUCACACUAAUUCCACAACGCUCACCGUGGUUGGUACGCUGGCUGUUGAAUGGUGUAUUUGGUAAGGUCUCGAGCCUUCUGGUCGAGCCUGAGCUCAAGAAGCAUAGCGAUCUGGUUGAGUCGCACUUGUCCAGGAAGACGUUCAUUGCCGGGGGUAGCGAACCUACUUCUGCAGAUUUCUUGAUGAUCAUGCCGGCUGAAAUGUUGGAGGCUAUUAAUAUCGCUGGGCCGAGUACAAAGGAAUAUGUGAAGAGAAUUCACGAUCGGCCGGCAUUUAAAGUUGCCUUGCAGAAAGGAGGAGAGUACGCUUUUUCUGGCUUCUGA